AAGAGCAGCCCCUGAUUCCACUCGUGCAUUUUUAACGGCGUUGUGGAACUUUGCUGGUUGUCGCUAUGACUCCUGUCCUAUACUGUUACAUCCCUCACAGCCUGCACGCAGCAGCUCCGCAAAACUCAACCAGAUCCGGCCCGGUUUAACAGCAGGAGAAAGAGAAGACACAGUAGUUACAGGCGUGCAAAAGUUUCUGAAAUGACGCUGAACACGCAGAGAGAGAGUAGAGAGGUGGUGAGAAGAGCCAGCACUCCAUUCCCCUCCUCUCAGCAUGGAGUAAUGCGCAGAGAACUUCAGCAUCCUCCGCUGGCCCAGUCUGCCUCCUACCAGGCUGGAGAUACAAAAUUCCACCUGCAAGCUCACUGGUCCUCCGACUCAGAGGAGUCUGACAGUUCAGGCUAUGAGUGUCUGUACAGGGUCAUGCUACUUGGUGAUCAUGGAGUUGGAAAGUCCAGCCUCGCUAGCAUCUUUGCUGGAAUCCAAGAAAAAGAUGCUCACAACUGCACAGGUGAGGACAUGUAUGAAAGAACACUGACAGUGGAUGGAGAAGAAACCACCCUCAUAGUAAUGGACACAUGGGAAGCAGAAAAGCAAGAAGUGGAUGAGAAGUGGGUGCAGGACUACUGCAUGCAGGUUGGGAAUGCAUAUGUCCUUGUUUACUCCAUCACUGACCGCAGUAGCUUUGAGAGUGCAUCAGAGCUGCGCAUCCAACUGCGAUGCAUCCGUCAGGCUGAGAAUAUUCCCAUCAUUCUUGUGGGCAACAAGAGUGACCUGGUGCGCUGUCGAGAGGUAGCAGUGGAAGAGGGUCGGGCAUGUGCUGUUGUUUUUGACUGCAAAUUCAUUGAGACAUCAGCAUCAUUGAACCACAAUGUGCAAGAGCUGUUUGAAGGAAUCGUGAGACAGAUCCGUCUGCGGCGGGAUAGCAAAGAGACCAAUGCACACCGGCUCUCCGUUUAUAAGCGCAAGGAGAGCAUCACCACAAAGGCCAGACGCUUCCUUGACAGACUGGUAGCAAAGAACAACAAAAAGAUGGCCUUGAAAGUGCGCUCCAAAUCUUGCCAUGACCUGGCAGUGUUGUAAGCUCUUUUCUUUACUUCUGAAUGCUUUGAAACCAUCUGGUUUUAAUUAUGAUUUUUUUGUCAUUAUUUAUUGUUUGUUUAACUUCAGUUUUGAAGAUGGUGGAUUUAAUGGAUUAAGACUUUAGUGGCAAACAGUUUAUGGCAAUUGUACUCUAAAGCCAUCUUCAUGUUUUCUAAGUGACUAUCCACAGCAAUCUGCUGUUUCUCCAGGCUGUCCAAUCCCAUUGAUAAGUCCUAAUUUGUAUAAAUGAUUUAUUAUAUGAAAAGCACUGCAUAAAAAUCACAGGUGAUAGUACAGGUGAAACUUUGAUGGAAUCAGUGAAUGGUACACUAAAAAAAGACUACCUAACUGAGGCAGUUAAAAGGGUGAGCAUACUGAUCAAUAUCUAUAAAUGUCAGUAUUUUUGCAAACAUGCCUUCUGGAUUUUUGUGUGAUUUUUUUUAGAUGAAUGCUAUGCAAAUAUUCUCUGUGUCAAAUGGCACUGCUUAGUUUGUAGAUACACAAAUAAAUCAAACCGAAGAGUCAGCAAAUGAGAGAGAAUUUUUUUCACUUAUUAGGUAAAAGGUAAUGCCCUAUAUUUGUUCUUACAAAUUUCAGUUUUUUGGGUUUUUUUGGAGCCUUAAAAAAAUCAUUUUGUACAAAUGAAUGUUGGCUUGCAAACAUGUAUUUCUGUAUAUGUAAAAAAUAAAAUUUUCAUUUAAACUAAUUUAAAAUGAUUAUAUUUUUAAACAUGUUAAAAAUGUUAUUAAAAAUGUUCAUUAACUGUAGAUUUAAUCAAUUUUUAAUACUAAAUUUCUAGAUUUUAGAGAGGCUUCAUGCAUUUUCUCUCUGUCAGCCUCCUGGCUAUGGAAACAAAUCGGGAGUCUAUAGUGAUUUUUAAAAGCAAUCCAGAAUUUGUUUUCUAAUGUUUUCUUGUGUUGUGCUGCUGGGUGUAAGAAUUGAAAGUGUACAUAAUCACAUUUAUUUUUUUACCACUAUUGAAUUGACAAUCCAUAAUAAUGUGGAUACUUUUUUAGCUAAUUAGUCUGCUUCCUAAAUAGAAUUCAUGAUAUGUUCUUCAUUCAGAUUAUAUUUAAGUAUGCCAACAACAGAUUUUUUGUUAAAUGCUGCUAAGAUGAUCUGAAUGGAUAAUGCAAACACUGUCAUAAAUAAAUUUCAGUCAUUAUAUUUUUAAAUGAAAAAUGAUUUGAUCAAUUGGAAAUGGAAACCUAAUGCAUACGCAAUUCAUAUUUUUGCUGCAUUGAAAAUUUACCGAGGUGGUACAAUAUGGAAAUCUUGUUGAAUUGGGUGUUUGUGUAUUGUUACACCCCUAGUUUGUAAGUAUCAUUCUAAUUACCCUGCCAAAAAUUAUUGGCAGGAAUAAAAAUAAUAAAACAAUAUGAACACCUGACCUUCACACCCAUAACUUACGUAGCCUGCCGGAGUCCUGACCUCAAUCCCAUUGAAUAGAAAUUGUGCACCAGGCCUUUUUGUUUGACAUCAGUACCUGGCUUCAUAAAUCCUCUUUCAGCUGAAUGGGCAAGUCCCCACAGCUAGUUUACACUCUUCUAGUCAAAAGAUAUUAUAACAACAAAGGGGGGACUUAAUCUACAUUUUAAUGAUUAACAAGCACACGAGUGUGAUUGUCAGGUGUCCACCUGUCUACUUUGGGCCAUUUAGUGUACAUAAUUAUCCAUUUUACACAUUCUACUGAAUUAUACAUUCUACAUUCUACAUUAGUUACUAUGAAGUUACUGUGAAUAAGAUUUCAGAGUUGAUUGUAAAUAUAAUAAAAUGUUUAAAUAUAAUUCUAUAUAAUAAUAUAAAUACAUUAUCAAAAUGUGACAGCAUGCUGGUUCUAAUCCACACAUGUAUUGA